AUGUUUGCAAAAUUGAAGAAGAAGAUAGCAGAAGAGGCAGCUAUUGCGCCCAGACCGGGAGGAGCUGCCAGGAUACCCCGCUCUGUCAGCAAGGAGUCGAUUACGUCCGUGGGAGCGGACUCCGGAGAUGACUUUGCUUCUGAUGGAAGCAGCUCUAGAGAGGAUCUUUCGUCCCAGUUGUUCAGAAGAAAUGAACAAAUAAGAAAACUGGAGGUCAAGCUGUCUGAUUAUGCUGAUCAGAUCCGAAACUUGCAGAAGAUAAAAGAGAAGCUCGAAAAUGCAUUAGAAAAGCAUCAGGAUUCCUCCAUGAGGAAGUUUCAGGAGCAGAAUGAAGCCCACCAGGCUAGUCGAGCCAAGAUGGCUGAAGGAAUGGCUUUGGCCUUAGAAAAAAAGGACCAGGAGUGGAUGGAAAAACUGGGUCAAGUUGAAAAGGAAAAAAAAAUGCUUGAAACACAGUUACAAGAAAUGAGGGAGCAGAGUUUGAACCUUUUUCAAAAAAGAGAUGCAAUUGAUGAACUGGAGGGCUUUCAGCAGCAGGAAAUUGCCAAAGUUAAGCACAUGCUUUUGAAAAAGGAAGAAUCUCUGAGCAAAACAGAGCAGGAACUAGAGGCGUGCACUCGAGAACUAACCCGCACUAAAGAGGUGCUUCAGGAUGCAAGCAACGAGUCAUCAGGCCUAAGGAAAGAUCUUCAAGAGUUGCAGCAGCAGUUCUUGGAGCUGGAGGCCCAGAGAGAUGAACUAAUGACAGCUGAGACAAAUGCAGAAAAUAAGAUCACUGCUCUGAAGUUAAGAGAACAGGAGCUACAAACUGUCAUUCAGCAGCUUUCUGUAGACUUGCAAAAUGCUCGAGUUGCUGGUUCUGGUUGUGAGAAGAGACUGGAAAUGUUACAGGUGGAGCAUGAAUCUCUGAAGGCGGAAUAUGAACAACACAAGCAAAAGGUGACUCUUGAAUUUGCCGAGAGAAAUAAACUUACUGAACAGCUGCAGGAGAAAGUGUCUUCCUUGGAAAAAAAGCUGGAAAGAAACCUUUCAGGGGAUGAACACGUGCAGGAGCUACUCAAGGAGAAAGCUACUCUUGACCAGAAACUGGAUGAAACCAGGCAGCAGCUACUAACAGACAGAACACAUCACACUGAGACUGUGAACCGAUUGGAAACACAGAAUAGAGAACUGGAACAAAAACUACAGAUUGCAACAGAAGCAUUGAAAAAGAGCAAAGAAGCAGCUGCUGAGCGGGAUCUGAAGAUCCAGAAGCUGCAAACUGAUCUAGAGGAUGAAAGAAGUAAACUACAGCAGCAGAUUUUAAGUGAGAAACAUCAGUACGAUCAGAAAGUUACUGGGCUGGAGUCUCAAAUUGCUGCUCUUGAAACAGCUUGGGAAUUUGAUAAAACAGCUACUCAGCAGAAGAUCAGCCAGUUGGAAAAGGAAAAUGAAAAUCUUAAUGGCAGCAGAGAAGAGUAUGAGAGUUCUUUGAAAAAGCAAGAGUCUGAAUUGAACAGGCUAAAGAAUGAAUUGAGCAGCAGAGAAACUGUCAGCGUUGAAAUCGCCAAGGCAUUGGAAGAAACACGAAAACAAAGAGAGGAAUUACAACAGCAGGUUUCACGUCUGGCUUCCUUAAUGAAGGAAAAAGAUCAGCUGAUUGAUGAAAAAUGUGAUAUGCUUCUAAAACAGAAGGAAGAACUAAACCAACUCAGUCAAGAUCACGAAGCUGUCUUGCUGCAAAUACAUCAGUUGCAGUCUGACGUAGAAGCAAGCAAUAGCCGAGCAGUGGAGAAAGAAGAAAUGGCAAGAAAAGAGAUUGAUGAACUGAAGUUGCAGAUACAGGAGUACCUGUUGGCCAGAGAACAUGAGAAAAACGUUUCAGAGCUAGAGGAAUCGACGAGAGCCUUGAACAACAAAUAUUUACAUUCUCCAGGAAACGGUGUGGUGGAACAGAAUGGAGAGAUAGCAGCUGCAGACAUGAUUCAACUUCAGAAGGAUAACAGAGAGCUGGAACAGCAAAUUGCUGAGAAAAACAAGAUGAUAAAGCAGCUACAGCAAAGAAUGACAGAGCUCAAGAAGACCCUGCAGAAAGAGUUGAAAAUAAGGCCUGACAGUGAGGUACCUGAAGUACGUGACAAAGCAAAUUCUGAAGUGCCUAAUGCUUCUGUGACUGUCACAAACAACUCUGACUUAAAUGACUCAAGGGAGAUAAACUUCGAAUACCUUAAACAUGUUGUACUAAAAUUCAUGUCCUGCCGGGAAUCUGAGGCAUUCCACCUAAUUAAAGCUGUGUCUGUGUUACUGAAUUUUUCACAAGAGGAAGAAAACAUGCUUAAAGAAACUUUGGAGUAUAAGAUGUCGUGGUUUGGGUCCAAGCCAUCUCCUAGAGGCAGCAUCCGGCCGUCUAUCUCGAGCCCAAGGACGCUGUGGCCUUAA